CCAGUCCAAUCAUGAAAUACAGUGGCCCUGGGGAGCCAAGCACGGCUUCGCAUGCGUGCCCGAGGGCUUGGCGAAAAGCACACGGCGUUGCAACACGGUUUUAGAGCACUGUCAGCAUUCUGGGGAAUGCGAUAACAUGUGGCAGGGGCUGCAGGUUGCGCAGGCACCGCAGCUGGAUGGUGCGGGUGCUGAGCAGCACACCGAGUCUUGACCGUGAUCCCGGGAGCUACACACGCACGUGGCUCUGCGCCUGCAGAGCAUUUUCGAUGAGACCUCAGCCAGUGCUGUCUAUGCGCAGCUCAAACCAACAACAAGAAGCAUUUGGGCAGAUGUCCCGGGCCUGUGCCAGCCAAAUAUCUCCCGCGGACACCUGUCAGCUGGCCUUCCCAUCCUGCGACGCGGGCCCCGGGCUGGGUGCGGCCUGUGGAGAUGCCGAGUGCUGUCGGGUGCGAGGCACACGACCCGACGUCACGACCUAGCUGCUGCAGCUGGACUGCUUGGGCCGCCGCAUGCCACCAGCCCCCAGUUCCAACAAGGCAGGCGCUCCUGACUGCCGGCCAGCAACGGCGCAUCGAGAUACCGGUGCACAACGCUGCAAGCUUGCUGCUUCCCGCCGCCGCCGAGGCGUCAACGCUCGAGCUCAGACACGCCGCGCCCUCGGCCCUCGGGACCUCGGGAUCACGUUUCCGGCAUCGCACAGUUCCACGCUUAUCAGCCGGAGGGAAAUAUGGAGCACGAUAUUGCUAUCCACCAGAUUCGUGGCGACCAGAGGCCCGCAGCAACAGCAGCAGCCAAGACCCAAGGCAAGCACCAGCAGCACCACCACUCGACGCCCGACACCGCCGCGCCGGCCGACCAGCCGCUGCCGGUCCCAGGCGUGUACACGGCCCUCAGCCCGCACCCGCCCAUCAGCACCGGCACCGGUACCAGCACCACCAGCGCCUUUGCCGAAGACGCCGCGGCCCCUCCAGCCGCCGAGCCCGGCCGGCCCGCCUCGCCUGUGUCCUUCCCGCUCACCGGCCCCCUGUCCGGCGCCAACUCCGCCCGCACCAGCUACCGCAGCCUGCUCGACACCGCCGACGCCGCCCAGAUCGACGCCGCCGCCGCCGCCGCCUUCGCGCAGCAGCCGGCCGUGCCCGAGGACGACGUGCUGCCCCUGCUGGAGGGCGUGCCCGUGCCGCAGCAGCAGCCGCCGCGACGGCCUUCAGCAGUCGAGGCAGUAGCACCGCCGCCACCGGCAGUAGCACCUAGCCACCACCAGCAGCAGCAGCAGCAGCAAGACGCUGCUGUGUACGGUGUGUACGACCCCAGCGGCGCUAUUGACUACCUGGAACAGCCCUCGGAGCAAGCGGCGCCCGCAGCAGCCACAGCAGCAGCAGCCACAGCAGCAGCCGAGGAAGAGGUCGAGGCCCUGUCCGCUACCGCCGACGCGCUCGGCAUCCCGCAGGCCACAGCUGACGACGUCGCCGCACUCGCCGUCGGCACCGCCUUCGUCCUGAGCUCCGCCGCCGCCAGCAACAGCGCCGUCGCCGCCGCGUCCGCCGACCCUGCCGCCGCCGCCGAGCUGCAAGAGGCCGCCGCCGUCGCCGCAGACGCCGCAGACGCCGCCGCCGCCGGUCUGCCCGCCACCGCGGCGCUGCUCCUGGGCUCCCUGACCCACCAGGUCGACCUCGCGCUCAGCACCGCGCCACUGCCCGCCACCAUCGGCACCAGCCCGCCGCCCAAGACCUCACCGCGUGUGAGCCAGCCCCGCUACCCGGAGCCCACUACUUCUGCAACACCCACAACAGUCAACAACAGUAACAACAUGUCUACCACCACCGGCACCACCACCACCACCGGCGGCAUCACGGACUUGCGCUCGGCGCUGGCGGGCGGCGCCACGGACGGCGCGGUGGCGCACACGGUGAGUCCGGCGGCGCCCACACACACGCCCGCCGCCUGCCCCGAGCUGGCGGCGGCGGAGUGGCGCGACUACAACAGCCUGCCGCGCCGCUACAGGAACACCGUGGACGGCCUGAGGUCCCUGGCCGCCGCCCGCUACAUGGAGCAGCACUGGGACGCGGCGCGGCACCUGGACGUGGAGGUCACCUGGGACGCGCCGCCCAUCUACCUGCAGGGCCGCGAGCCCAUGCGUGUGGCUGUGUGGCUGGCCAAGUGGGCGGUGGCCGUGGAGAUGCAGCCGGCCAUGGUCAAGUACGCCGAGCUGGACUCCAAGCGCACCGCCCUGGAGCUGUUCCUCACCGCCGCCCUCAGCCCGCACCGGCCCUGGUGGCUGCCCGCCACCUGGCUACUGCCCAAGACCAUCCCGCUGCAGGGCACGGUGAAGCUGCGCAUCAGCAAGGGCCCGGCGGCGGACGGGUCGCAGGACGUGGUCACCUGCAUCGACGGAGCCAUCCACAACGCGCCCAAGCUGCCCACCCUGAUCCGUGUGCUCAACGCUGUGGCCCUGGGCUACCUGCCCGCCGCCACCGAGCCCCUGUGGUCGCCCUUCGUGGCGCUGCUCGGCGACCCCUCCUACCGCAACCGCGCCGAGGAGCACCCCUCCAUACUCACGCGCGCAGCCGACACCGUCGCCGGCGCCGCCGCCAGCGCCGCCGACACCGCCGCCAGCACCGCGGCGCGCGCCGCCACUGGCGCCGCCAGUGCCGCCGACCGCAGCGCCGGCGCCGUGUCGUACGGCGCUGAGCGGGUGGCGGGCGACCGCGGCGGCGUGGUGGGCGCCGUCAAGGGCGGGGUGGUGGCGGGUGUGGACGCCGUCAAAGGGGCGGUGCAGGAGGUGGCGGGCGCGGUGGAGGGCGGCGUGGCAGCGGGCGCGGAGUACGUGAAGGAGAGCGCGGAGGCGGCGCGGCGGGCGGUGAAGGGCGGCCGCUGAAGAGCUGGGGCGGCGGUUGGCGGCGGGAGGGUUGUCGGCAAGGAGGAGGAAGGAGCGCAGACGGGCCGUAGGGGCCAUGGGACAGUGGACAGUGUAGGCAGGUACAAGUUGAGGAGGCAGGUUACAAGACAUGUGCGGAGUGGGCACAGCAGCCGCAGCAGCAGUGGGUGCAGACCGCGCCGGGUGGGGCUGAUCACAGCCACACACGCAGGCAGAGGUGUGUGCCUGGGGUUGGCGGGACCCGUUGAGAAUGCAGGAGGCGCACACGUGUGUGGAGGUUGUGAUGAUGAGCUGUACAGUUUAAGGAGCUCAGGUUUGGUUGAAGGCUCGAGAUCUUCUUGGCCAGCGCGAAGGGCGGCGGGCAGUGGAUUGUUGGCGUUGGAAGCAGAGCCCCCUGGCAGGGAGCCUGGGGGAGGAGGGGUUGCGCAUGUCGACACGGGCAUUUGCUGUUGGCAAAGCUGUCCCAUAAGUGAUGGAGUUAAUUUGCUCGUGGGUGGUGGAGCGGUGUGCCUCUGGUGUGUGCGCUGUGGGUGUGGGGCGUCGGCGUGGGCGUCGCCGGACUGCGUGCCCGGUGUACCUGCGUUGUCGCCUCGCCGGUUUGAUUGCGCCUCGUGCGCUAGUGCGGUUUGCUGUACGUUGGUGGGGCUCUGGCGGGCUUUGGCUUAGCUUCGACUCGCUGUGCAGUUGCCGAGACACGCUUCACGCGAAGACCUGUUGCACGGUUGUGGAAGGUCGGUAGCCAACUGGGGGGAGGGUGGUUUCCUUUCGGGCCGGAGAUGGUCCCUCUUGACCUGGGUGCUGGGCACCCUUGCUUGGUCGGAUUGUCCCUUCUUUGUAAUAUCGCAACCAU